UGGGAGGCACUCCACGACGUGUGAAGCUCUAACAACGCGUUACGAAGAUAAAAGGGAGAAAAGUGUCGUGUACGUCAAACUUAAAUGAGAAUUGCGAAGUUGUUUCCGUUGCCGUUUCCGCACCUGUUAAUAAAAUAAAUGAAAGAAGUGUGAACCCGGUUCUCGCGCGCGUGACAAAGUAACCGCGAUGAAUCGGGUUGUGCUGUGAACAGUGCAUGGAAAGAGGAUCGAUCCUAGGGACUGCGACUGUGUGACGUCGAAUGGAGUCUCUUCCGAAUCACGAGGAUGCGUUGUUCCAGUUCCAGAAAUGGUGAAAUGAUCGUGUACAUAGUGUAUCGUGGACGCUGCAGCGAUUUCUAAGAAGCAAUUGCCCAAGACUAAGAUGUACCCCGCGCCGGCGAGACAUCCCGCCGCUCCCGGUGGCGGCGGUAGCGGCGGGGCUGCUGGCGGGCUGAAAUUCACGGUGGCGGACACUUGCGAGAGGAUCAAAGAGGAAUUCAAUUUCAUCCAACAGCAGUACCACUCUUUACCGAGACGCAUGUACGCGUCGGAUCGAACGGCAACUACUACUGCGGGCCCCCUUUGGUCUCGCCCUCACCCGCAGAAAUUCGCCCACGAGAAUGCCGACGGCGUGAGAAGAUCGCGCCCGUCGAUCCAUCGAUCACUCCCGAGCGAUUCGACAUGUCUCGAGAAUUCCGCACCUCGACAUACGUCCCGUUUUAAAUUGGGAAAAAGACGCGGGCCCCUAAAGGGGCUUCCGUACUACGAGAUGUCAUACGGUCUCAAUGUUGAAAUGCACAAACAGACGGAAAUUGCCAAGAGGUUGAACGCGAUAAUCGGGCAAGUCCUUCCGUUCCUGGCGCAAGAGCAUCAGCAGCAGGUGGCCAACGCUGUGGAAAGGGCGAAGCAAGUCACCAUGUCCGAACUGAACGCCAUUAUCGGGCAGCAACAGCAGCAAGGUCUCCAGCAGCUCCUGCAACAGAUCCAUGCGCAGCAACUGCCCCACGGCGCGGUGGUCGGCGGUCUUCCGCCGGGCGGUCUGCUGGGCUUCGCAGGUGCGGCCGCGGCGGCCGCAGCCGCGGGUGUGCCACCGCACUUGGCGCCGCCGCCGCAUCCCGCGGCCGCGGCUGCGGUCCAGGCACAGGCGCAAGCGCUGCUGAAGCCCGCCGAUCUGCAGCAGCAUCGCGCGGCCGCGGAGACGCCCGAGGACCGUAAGCCGAUCGCCCUGCCGGACGAGAGGCUCGGCCAUCGCUCGGUCUCUCCACCUGAGAAAUUUCGCAGCCGCACGCCCGACCUCGAGAGCGAAUCCAAGAGACGGAAGGAGGAGAAGCUAGGACACGAGAGCGACGCCGAGAAGAGCGAUCAGGACCUGGUCGUCGACGUGGCGAACGAGGUAAGAGACUGUCCGUCUGCAAAAGUGGGUGCAAACACCAGGUGCGUUCGCCAGGUCGACAAGCCGGGUACACCUGUGGCGGCGGCGAGGGGCUCGCGCAGUUGUACGCCAACUAUGGGCGGCAUCCCUGGGUCCUUGGCGCGGGUCUAUCAUCCGCCAUCGUCGCAGCAAACGCCACCGCAGGGUUAUCAGGGCUUGCCAUCCCGCGGCAAUGAGCCGCCGCAGUCGCCCUCGCCAUACAGCAACUUGCCAUACGCGCGGCCCUCCAUGAUCGGUUUCGACGGUCACAUGAGGAUACCCGCGAGUAACGGACUGAACAACAUCGCAGGUGGCAAACCGGCGUACUCCUACCAUAUGAACGGCGAGGGCCAACUGCAGCCCGUACCAUUCCCCACGGAUGCUCUGGUAGGACCUGGCAUCCCCCGUCACGCACGUCAGAUUAACACUCUGACCCACGGCGAGGUGGUCUGCGCCGUUACGAUCUCGAAUCCGACCAAGUACGUCUACACCGGCGGCAAAGGUUGCGUCAAGGUCUGGGAUAUCGGCCAAAGUGUCGGCAGCGCCAGCGUGAAACCAGUUUCGCAGCUGGACUGUUUGCAACGUGACAAUUACAUUAGGUCCGUGAAGCUUCUGCCCGACGGGAGGACCCUGAUCGUUGGCGGAGAGGCCAGCCAACUGAGUAUCUGGGACCUGGCGAGUCCCACGCCUAGAAUCAAGGCGGAGUUGACUUCGUCGGCGCCCGCGUGCUACGCCCUGGCGAUCUCGCCCGACUCAAAGGUCUGCUUCAGCUGCUGCAGCGACGGCAAUAUCGCCGUGUGGGACCUCCAGAAUCAGACGUUGGUCAGGCAGUUCCAGGGCCACACUGACGGCGCGUCCUGCAUCGACAUCUCCGCCGACGGGUCGAAACUGUGGACCGGCGGCCUCGACAACACCGUGCGCUCCUGGGAUCUUCGCGAGGGCCGGCAAUUGCAGCAGCACGACUUCACCUCGCAGAUAUUCUCCCUCGGUUACUGCCCCACCGGCGAGUGGCUGGCCGUCGGGAUGGAGAACUCGAACGUGGAGGUGCUCCACGCGACCAAGUCCGACAAGUACCAGCUGCAUCUGCACGACUCCUGCGUGCUCUCCCUGCGUUUUGCCUCCUGCGGCAAGUGGUUCGUCUCGACCGGCAAGGACAAUCUGCUGAACGCGUGGCGUACGCCGUACGGUGCUUCAAUAUUUCAGUCUAAGGAGUCGUCGUCGGUGCUGAGCUGCGACAUUUCCGCGGACGACAAGUACAUUGUGACCGGAUCCGGCGACAAGAAGGCCACUGUAUACGAAGUGAUUUACUAAGCCUAUUCCUAUUAUAAUAAACCAAGAAAGAGACUUGCCUUUCCUGCAUUAAUGACGUUAAAAUCGUGGACUUCGUUAAUGUGUGUUCUCCCCUUUCGCGAGGAAGGAAAGAAGGCGCGCGACGAGCUCCCGCAAACUGGGGAAAAACUACUCGGCAGCCUUAGAGUCUUAGAUCGUGCGACUGAUAAAUGUGUACAUAUUACGCAUACGCGAAUCUAUAUUGUAACGGAAUUACAAAUAGAGAUAUGAAAAAUUGAAUGUGUGUGUGUGUGUAUGUGUGUGUGUGUGUGUGUGUGUGUGUGUUGUGUGUGGCGCGCGCGUGUGUUUAUGAAUGAGCGGGAUCAGCGAUGUAUAUUAAUUUCGCACGUGCGUGUCCCCCGAUUCCGCCGAACGCGUGCGUACCUACGUGCGUGCGUUUCCGCGUGUGCGGAAGGGAUUUCUGUUUGUCCGCGCGAAAUACAACGAGCGUUGACGAUGGAAUGGACAUUCCAUCCGACCGGGGAUGGAUUCGCGUACGCACUAAAAUAAACGAAAGGAGCCUUCGCAAACGGUGAUGAUAGAGUAUACAGGGUGAUUCUUGAUUCUGUGCCGAUAUCCCGAGGGACGAGUUUUUUAAAGUUCGAGGAGGAAAUCUCAUGCGGGCGUAACAAAUCGUUAGGUUUUUAUCUCCCGAGGUGUAAUAAAUUUUAGGAGAAUAUUCGGAAAGACGAGCGGCCUGUUCCUCUCCGUUGUAAUACACGUUCUAAUGUGACUCGAUGUUUACUAUGUAUUAUCAUUUGUGCGUUGUAUGUAUUAUCAUUUUAUGCAUGUUGCGGUUUGAAAAGAUACCGCAGCGUGUGCGUCGCAGCGGAAGACAGACGCUUCGACCGCUUUUUUCAAUUCGUAUCAUCUUUUUCCUGUAUUGGGCUCUAGACUAUUCAUCCCCUCGAGUAUCGACAUUUAAUUAAGAUUUAUCUUAUAUAUGAUUUUGUAAUUACGUAAAUGUAAGAUUAUAACGCGCCUAAAGUGAACGGCCGAUAAAAAGCGAUAAGGCGUCAAGAUUAGCCUGGCCUACUCACGAAAGAAAUCGCAUUACGCUUUUUAGUAAAUGGAUAUGCGAUCGUUCGGGACAUCAUUUUGAACUUUUGUCAUUUUUACAUCUUCAAACAAAUCAUUAUUUUCCCAUUACUCUUCUGAACAACGUAAAAGAAAUCUAAGAGAAGCAUGUAAAAAGUGUAGGAUGUCUUCUAUGCCGUCUUUACGACGUGUCUUUUAGAGUUUGAUUGCCGAAGAUUUUCAUCAUUGAUAUCAUUAUUGAUGUAAUUUCGUUAUGAAUAAUCGGUGUCGCGCAGAUUGUUAGAUUUUUCCAAUCGGUUUAACGAUUAUCUCUACUAAUUUUCAAAAAGAAAAGAAAAUGGCACUGUAUCAAGUAAUAAUUUGUCGUGCACGUCGAGCGAGACGACGGUACAUCGGGCUUCGAGCCGUCUCCUGAUCCUGUCGGUGUCAAUGUCACGGCUGUCGCUGGUUUGAGGACAGCCCGUGGCGUAAACUAGUUUAUGAACGAAUACCUUUUUGCAUCGUAAAAAUAUAGUGCGAUACCUAAUGUGUAAUAAUCGAAUUUCUACGUGAUAUAGCGCGUAUGCGUGGCGACGAAUGGCAAAUACGAAUCCCUGUACAGAACUCCUUGUACAUAUUCGACGAUUGUGAUUAACGAUUAUAAACGAGAUGCACGGUGUACGUCGCUGUAACGGCGUACUUCGGACUCUUUAAAUAUACCUAUGUAAAGUACAAUCCUCCGCCCCCCCCCCCCCGCCCCGUGCACAAUCGAAACAGAACUAUUUCUCUACUUUAAUUAGGAGACACUCGAUACGCGGAGAUCAAUAGAAGCGGAUGCGACCUCUCUCGCGACGUUUAGCAUUAGUUAAAAUACCAGCUAAUUAAAUCUUUUAAUAUCGACGUUGCGUAGAAUUGAGAUGUCUUUGCGUUAACCAGAAAUAAAACCCGAUGACAAUUCGAGACGUUUUAUCCGAUUGUAAAAUAUAAUAAAUAAAAAGGAAAACCGAUUUCGUAAUAUUCUGCCUUCGAUUGAUCUUCGCCCGAAAAAAUUAGCCGAAUGAGAUUCUCGACAGGCAGACGAGCGCGAACUGCAAUGUAUUAUCGAAGUGAAAUAAAUUCGUGAAAUUACA